UGUGUUUGUGGGAGUGUGUAAGUGUGUGUAAGUGUGUGUGUGUGUGUGUAAGUGUGUGUGUGUGUGUAAGUGUGUGUAAGUGUGUGUAAGAGGAAGAUCAGCAGUUUUGUGUUCACACUAAUUCUGAGAACUGGACAUUCGGAACACAUUUAGAUGAAUCUUUCAUGAACAGAGAAAUGAAAUCAGUGAAGAAGCUCAUCAUCAUUUACUCUCUAUUUCAAGCUGUUUUGUGUAGAGAAUUCUCCAUCAGUCUACCAGAGAGUGUAGAAGCUCUGAGAGGACUCUGUGUUCUCAUACCCUGCAGUUUUCAGAUUACAGAACAAUAUGACGUAGACCUCCAGGGAGAUCCUACAGGAAUCUGGUCAAAAGAUGGAACUAAUGCUGUCAGUAACAACGUCUUUAACUCUAAAGUAACUACAGAGAACAAGAUUGAAGGUGAAAUUAUAGGAGAUCUCCUCAUGAAGAACUGCACCACCAUCUUCUACAACAUCAGUGAGAGUGACAGAGGAACAUAUUACUUUAGAUUAGAGGCGUUGGGACGUCUAAAAAACACUUAUAAAACCGCAGUAUCAGUAAGAGUUCGAGUGUGUGUUUAUCUCAGCAUCUCCAAUCAGACCCUCAAUAACACUGUAUAAGGAGGAUCAGGGGGAGGUGGAGGACCACAAUGAGGUGGUGGAGGGAACUUCACUGAGUCUCAUUUGCACUGCUCGAUCUCCAUGUCC